GUCGGAGACGAUCAGUCGCCCCAUAAAAUCCCGUCUAUCUCUCUCGACAGUCGACACGACCUCUCCAAAAAAAAUAAAAAAAAUCUCUCUCGAUACGAAUUCGCCCGCCGUCUACCGGCUCACUUCCUCAAGCGGAGAGCGCUAAAAUUUCCCGUCGGCAAGGCGCAGACCCUGCCGCCGCCGGCGUAUGGAGACGAAAGCGGCUUCGGGCAGGAUCCUUGAUGAUUCCUCGAAGCGGCCAAGCGUCCACCGGCACCAGAUCCCGUUUCGGGGCGUGAAGCGAGCAAGGGAUCUGCCCGGCUACCACCCGCACCGCUGCUCCUCCGCCCCCGUCGGGAGGAGGGACUGGUCGGGUCUCGGGGAUGGGCCGGCGGGCUUGAUUGCCGAGCUCCUGCUUGCCGACGACGUGGCGGACUACAUCCGCUUCCGCGCGGUGUGCCGCCCAUGGAGGCAGUGGUCGGCGGAUCCGCGCGCGCACGGCAUCCUCGACCGCCGCUUCCACCGACGCAAAUGGAUCAUGCUCCGGGAACGGGAAGCCGCCGCCGUCUCCUCAACUUCUCCACCGGCCAGUGCAUCCGGGUGCACCUCCCGGAGCUCCGUGGCCACCGCGUGUUCGGGCCAACCACCGAGGGCCUUCUCGUCCUGCUCCACACCACCUCCUUCCUCGUCCGCCUGCUCAACCCGCUCACAGGCCAGGUUGUGUGAAAAUCAAGUAGUUGUGGUUGUUGGUGAAACUGGUUCUGGAAAGACUACCCAACUGACUCAAUAUCUGCAUGAGGAUGGAUAUACCAUGACUGGCCUUGUUCAGCCAAGACGUGUGGCGGCCAUGAGUGUUGCCAAGCGCAAGCGGGUGAGUGAAGAAAUGGAAACUGAGCUUGGAGACAUAGUUUGAUAUGCUAUUCGUUUUGAGGAUAUCACUUGCUCUAAUUCUAUAAUAAAGUUAUGCUGCUGCUUGUGUCUUUACUUGGUAUUGGAAUGACCCUGAAUUCUGGGUAAUUUUGAUCUUGUAAUUAAUGUUCUGAAUUCAGAAAAGUAGUUUUGGUUGGCUCAGUUAUUUAGCAUGGAGUUCCUCACUGAUCAUAAUUCCUAUUUUCAGUAUAUGCAUGACAGAUGGAGUGCUUCUCCAUGAAACUUUGAAGGAUGGUGGCCUUGAUAAAUAUUGGCAUGCUGUAACUUGUGUUGUAUUUUUAACCCUGAUGGUCCUUUGAUAUGUAGAUUACCAUACCUCAGUUUCAAUAUAUUACUUGUCGUAUUGAAGCCCUUCCCCUUUUUUGUAGAGUCAGUGUCAUGGAUGAAGCACAUGAAACAUCACUGAACACCGGUGUUCUAUUUGGUAUAUUGAAGAGGGUUGUUGCACAUUGACAGGAUUUCAAACUAACUGUCACAUCCGCAACCCUAAAUGCCGACAAAUUCUCAAAAUUCUUUGGAGGCAUGCAUGCCUGUAUUUAACAUUCCUGGCAGGACACUUCCAGUGAAUACCUGAUUCAGCAAAACACCAUGUGAAGACUAUGUGGAAACAGCAGUGAAGCAGGCCAUGGCAUCCACAUAACAAAUGACCCUGCCGACAUCCUCGUCUUCAUGACUGGGUAGGAAGAAAGCGAGGCUACCUGCUAUAUGCUCGCGCUGGGGGCACUCGCAAAUGCAUGACAUUGCUGAGACUUCCUCAAAGGUGGAUGGUAUCAUCCGUGUCAUUUUUUCGAUAAAGGGAGCUUUUAUUGAACUUAAAA